GCUCCGCGCGCCUCCUCCCUCCCGCCACCCUCGGCCGCCGCUCCGCCUCCCUCGUCGCGGGCCGGCCCCGCAGUGCUCUGGGACCCGGCGAGCCUUCGGGGCGCGCGUCGCUGCUGGUGGUUGGGGCUCUAGGGAUAAUAAAUGAUAGAGGAUACAAUGACUUUGCUGUCUCUGCUGGGUCGCAUCAUGCGCUACUUCUUGCUGAGACCGGAGACGCUCUUCCUGCUGUGCAUCAGCUUGGCGCUGUGGAGUUACUUCUUCCACACGGACGAGGUGAAGACCAUUGUCAAGUCCAGCCGGGACGCCGUGAAGAUGGUGAAGGGCAAGGUGGCGGAGAUCAUGCAGAACGACCGACUCGGGGGGCUCGACGUGCUGGAGGCCGAGUUUUCCAAGACCUGGGAGUUCAAGAGCCACAAUGUGGCGGUGUACUCCAUUCAGGGCCGCAGAGACCACAUGGAGGACCGCUUCGAAGUUCUGACGGAUCUGGCCAACAAGACGCACCCGUCCAUCUUCGGGAUCUUCGAUGGGCACGGCGGUGAGACUGCAGCUGAAUAUGUAAAAUCUCGACUCCCAGAGGCCCUUAAACAGCAUCUUCAGGACUAUGAGAAAGACAAAGAAAACAGUGUGCUGUCUUACCAGACCAUCCUUGAGCAGCAGAUUCUCUCGAUUGACCGGGAAAUGCUAGAAAAACUGACUAUAUCCUAUGAUGAAGCAGGCACAACAUGUUUGAUUGCUCUACUGUCAGAUAAAGACCUCACUGUGGCCAAUGUGGGUGACUCACGUGGUGUCCUGUGUGACAAAGAUGGGAACGCCAUUCCUUUGUCUCAUGAUCACAAGCCUUAUCAACUGAAGGAAAGAAAGAGGAUAAAGAGAGCUGGUGGUUUCAUCAGUUUCAAUGGCUCCUGGAGGGUCCAGGGAAUUCUGGCUAUGUCUCGGUCUCUAGGAGAUUAUCCACUGAAAAAUCUCAACGUCGUCAUCCCAGACCCAGAUAUCCUGACCUUUGACCUGGACAAGCUCCAGCCUGAGUUCAUGAUCUUGGCAUCAGAUGGCCUCUGGGAUGCUUUCAGCAAUGAAGAAGCAGUUCGAUUCAUCAAGGAGCGCUUGGAUGAACCUCACUUUGGGGCCAAGAGCAUAGUUUUACAGUCAUUUUACAGGGGCUGUCCUGACAAUAUAACAGUCAUGGUGGUGAAGUUCAGGAAUAGCAACAAAAUAGAAGAGCAGUGAACCCUUCAGGGGUCUCAGCUGCCUUUGACAAAAGGACUACAACACACUGGUCUCUUUUAAUGUAGUGAAGGUGUGGGAGUUGUAAUUAGGAUCAUCCAUCCCAGACACGGAAUCCCCCCCUCCAUGGUGGCCAUUGGUUUCUAUUCAGUGAACAGAGGGUGCUCUUAGCCAAUGUAGUUGAGAGGCUGGAAAAUGUUUUCACCACAUUUUCCCAAGUCUUUCAUCCAAUGUCCAAAAUAUAGAAUUAGAUAGCUGUAAAUUAACAUGUGUGAGGUGAGUGGCAAAUGUACCAUGUGUUCUCCCUUUUUAGAUUCUUUCAAGAUCUUUUUCAGGGUCCUCCAGGUAUCAGCCUUUGUGUCUCUCCUUGGAAAAGUGGGCAGGGCAGGCCUCCCCGGAAGCAGGAGGCAAGCCACUGCUUCACCCGUGAGUCCAGGGCUGACGUGGCAGUGCCCUCUGCUGAGAGGCGGAGCUGUCCUCUUGAGUGUAGGUUUUCUGCUCAGCAGCAGCCUACAUAUCCAUUUGGAAUGGUUCGUUAUUCAGUGGCUGAUCUUGGAGACAGAAGGGAGGAUGGGAGAUCCGUGGCAGCCACCUGCACAGCAGAGACAAUCCUUUUCUCUGGUCCCCUUUUUUAGUUACACAGACUUUGUAUACCACCUGACCUGCCUUUGUGCUUUAUCCUGAUUGUGCAUGACCUUAACCUUACCGUAUGUAAUAGGCAGCUGUUAAUGUCACCACCAAACACUACAAUUUUUCAUCUUAUGUUACCAAAAAACCAUAUCAGGGGAAAUAAAAAAAAAACCAAUCACAAUGCCCAUCUCUAAGGACAGACAGAGGAAAAGAACGCUGAACAAGCCACAGCUCCCCUGGGAAGUCAGCUAUUCACAGUGGGAGAGAAAGGUAGGAUCUGGGGAGGUUACCACCCAGAACUGAGCUCCAGCUGCCAGUUUAUGCGCAAUCUUUCCUCUGCCCCUAUCUUAGUAGCUUUCAAAGUGUCUUUCAAGCAGUUUUCUGAGAAACAGCAGCCUGGAACUGCAUGUGUGUUUCCUGAAGCCUCGUACAGAGUUCCUAGCCACCACAAUUUGGAAUUUGUUGGUAAACUAGUGAGACACUGCCCCUUGACAAUGGAAAAACAACAGCCUUUUAACAUUUGGUUGCAAAUCUCCAUCUACACUGGGUAGCGUUCCUCAGAUGCACGCGAAUUGCCCCACACAGCCUGCACGGGAGGCAGCAAAGGGACACCAAGGGACCUGUGUGCAGUGACGACAAAGCUGGUUGGGAAUGCAAGCAUGAGCCUGGCUUGCUGCUCUGCUCCACUAUCACCAAAGUCACAUUUUUUUUAACCGGUAUUUUAUAAAUUAAUUUAUAAGACAAAGCUGGGUUAUCAUCUUUGCCUGGCUGAAGUGGCCCAAGUCAAGCAAGAUUUUUGUUGCAUUCCUACCCGUCUUGUGUGGUUUUGUUCUUUCUGAGUGGACAUUUGUUGUUACAGCUUCUUGCAGGCCCCAUCCACUGGCCAUCUCCCAGCAGCCAUGCCCCACCCUCUGCCCACCAUCUGCUGUGGAACUUUCCUGAAGCAUUGCCAGGACGGAACUCAGAACUCAGGAGAAUGAAAAGAUUGUCUUGUGGCUGCCAAGGAGUGCCAUCCAUCUUGAUUCAUCCAAGCACUCACCUUUGACUACUAUGAGAAUUAAUGAUUUCCCAAGAGAUUUGCUUACUUUUUUUUGUGUGUGUGUGUGCUGUAUUUUCCAAGAGUAGAAUUAGAACCUUGGUUGUUUUUAGCCAUAGAAUGUUCUAGUACAAAAUAUAUGCCACCAUUUUAGAUAUAAGCAUUUGCCUAUUGAGAUGCUGAAAAUUUGGAGGUGUGUUUUUAGGGCAGGCUGGGGAGAGAGAUACAUGAAAUCAAUGCUGGGUAGCUGAGUCGCUUGAGAUUUAGGUUCUAAUGCUGCAGAAUAGCUGCACCCACUGUCUAACAGAAGUUCCAGCAUUUUACAGACCACAGCUAGCUUGCCUUUUUUAUUUUUAACUUAACAUAAAAAAUGCUUCAUAAAAAAGGAAAGAUGUUUUUAAAUCCCACAAUAACUUUUAUUGUAUAAAAUGAAAAAAUGUUAUGUUUUGGUGAAGAUGAAAAAAAAAACUAAAUUAGAAAAUUAGUAUGUACCUAUCCUGCAGAAUUCCUUAGUGGAUGGUGCUGAGUGUACAAGUUACCUAGCUUGCUCUGAGAUUCACAAAGCUGCUUGCAAGUUUGAGUUUGCAUAAUUCAUUCAUUUCUCAUUUUAAUCAGAGGGUAUACCUCCUGCUCCCUUUCUGCCUCCCCCACCACACAAUGGCUUCUAGAUUUUUUUUUAAAAGAUAUAAGUUUUAGGCAAAAAUCAUACUAAUUUGGUGAAUAGUUAAGUCAAAAACCAGAGUGCUUUGUCCCCUUCCCCCAUAUCGUCUUGCAGCUGUCUCCUUCUGACCCCAUUCAGCUCUUGGGGUCUGCAGUCAUCACUCCUGGGUUUCCCAGUGAUGCACUGGUUGCUCCCCUUCUCUAGUGGCCCAGGGAGGUAAAUUUAGCCAUUAGGGAAAUUGAUUUAGGAAGUCUGAACUUGAAGCUUCCCUAAACAGCACUGCCAAAGCUUUGGAAUUGUUGCCCGAGACUGCCUGGACUCUCUAGCUAGCCUGAGUUCGAAUUGCCAAUAGUCCCCAUGGUGCCAAAUUUUGGGAUGGUUUUACAAUGUUUUAGAAAUGAAGCUGGGAAUGAUCACAUGCUUAUGAGCCCCCAGCAAUUUGCCAAGCCCAGGUCCUCAUUUAUGCACUGCUCCGCUGCUGUUCCACUGGCAAUUUGUACUCUUCAAGUGGAUUAGGGUUGGCAGGGGAAGAAGGGCCAGGGAAAAUGUUUUUAAAAUUCAUUGUAUUUGAUAUUCUUUAAUCAUAGGAAUAAACAAUACUUAGAUAGCUCCAAAGCUAGCUCUAUGAUCUGAGUUUACUUUAUAGGACCAACUUUCCCAAGGGAAUUAACUGAGUCACUGUUCUAACACAACAUGACUAGGCACGUGUCCACAUUACUACUGGUAACCAGUGGCUAUGUUCUAUUCCUUGCUGUGGAUUGAAGGUAUUGGACUCUUGAUUUUGUAUUUCUGAUGAGAGAAUUACACAGAGAACAUUACAGUGAAGGAGCGUAUGCAAGCUAGGCAAUUUAAAACAGGCCUUAUUUCCUACAAAUGCAGUGAUUGCAAUAUUUUGUUCAGGUAACAAACAGGAUUGCAUGAAUAAUGACAUCAUAAUUUCUAUCCAAUCUGAAAUGAUUCCAAGAAAUUUACUAUACUAUUGGAUUGGGUAACUGGGGUGUCUGGAACUAUAGAAGGGAUGCAGAAGAGGAGUCAUCACUUUUUCUUUUGUGAGAUGUACCUUUAUCUUCCUGAAUUUUUCCCUGAGUUGUUGCCAGAUCUAAAUUUACAAAGGGCAACAUUUCAGUGUAUAUUUGAAAGUACUAUAUAGGAAUACAUACUUUGUAUAAAGCUUUAUUUUCCCAUAAUUUCAGAAAUUCUUUUUUCUUCCUGUUGACCCAUUAUUAGAUUGGUCUUCCCUUACUGUUGCUCUAGAAUUGCCAUAGCAUCUCACACCAGCAUUCCUGCUCUGGCUCUGGAGAACUGGUAUGGCUGUUAGAAUUCCAUGAUAGGGCCAGUUUACUCACACUUGCGUUAUUUAAUUAAUUGACUAAUCAAUUAUUUAAUCAAUUAUUUAAUUGAUAUCUAGAUUCUUGAGCUAGUUAGAGGCACACUGCAGGAAUAAAAGAAUCCAAUGUUCCUCAAAAUGUGUUCCCAAGAACACAAGUUCCAAAGAUGUUCAAAAUACUAGAUUCCAAAUGAAUUUGGGAAACAAACACUUGCUUAGAAAGUAUAUUUAGGCUCACUGAAGGCUGUGGGUUAAGUGUCCUGCAAGGGAGAAGGAAACAUCCACAUACACAGUUACUAGUUUAGUGUUUUCCAGAUGAAUCUGAUCACAGAAAUUUUUCCUGAGUAACACCCAGAGACAUUCCAUGGAACUUGUGUUCCACAGAACACACUUUGGGGAAGUCUGGAUGGUGCAAAGCUUUCUCAUUCACCAUGACCCUUAUUAGUAGUGGCAGUACAAUUUGCAAUUUAGAGGCACUAAUCAUUUCACAGAAGAGGCUGACAUUAAUAAAAACACUAUUAAGAAACAACAGUAUGAUUUAAGAUGACCACCAGCAGCCUCACAUUGAUAGCAGAAGCCCAGUAAUUGUACUUGAGGCUCUCAACAUUAUCUCCCAACUUUACAUGAACAACAAGCAAGAGCUUGCCAUAGUGAGGCAUUUCUCAAAUUCAUUCUAUGAGCUUUCAGGUGCUUUUUUUGCACUUAUUUUUGCUUUCCAGAUUGAAUCAAAACAGAUAUUUUUACAUUUCAUCAUGUGAUAGUAAAGAAUAUACAAAAAACAGGAUAAAGAAAAAAACAUACUUGGUUUUAAUUCAUUUUUCUUCAAUGGGAUUUUUCAAUUAUUUGUUGUCUAAUAAUGGAAAUGUAACCUAUUAAUAUUUACUCUUUCUUAUGUUAUUCUUUCCAGAUUUAAAAAGUUGAAAUCAAUUAGAGUUCAUAUGUUCUAAAAUUCCUACCCCAUGACAUCUCACUUUUCACAUUGAUGUAUAUAGUUAAGAGUGUCAAGUUAUUUCUUUCCUAAAAUGGCAGGCUUAUAGUUCCAAAAUAGUAACCCUCGGCCUGGGAAAUGUGUUUGGGAAACUAUGAGAGAUAGCCGCAAAAUGAUGGGUGAAAUAAAUCUAGUCAAAACAUGGUAUACAUUGAAUUUAGAGUAAAAUCAUUAAUUUAAAAUCAUAUAGAAUAUUUACACACCCCUUUGGACGGACAUUUUAACCAAAGUAGUAAAAAAACUAAAAGACUCCUUAGGCUAGAUGACAUGUUGCAAAAGGCAAGGCAGAGUCUAUACUAUUAAGCUGCCAGUAAAUAUAUGUUACUAAAUGUGUUUCGUAAUGUGUACAUUUUUUUGCUGAUUCUUAGUAAGGUUAAUGCUUUGUCUAUUAUUUGUUCUUUUUACCACUGUUAAACUGCAAACUGUUAAGCCAAGGGUUGACUGUGAUCAUUUUGUGUGUUUAGUCAUAACCACACCAUCAUAUGUACAAUCACUUUAAUAAAUCCAAGUUAAGGACUUUGAGAAGUACAUAGCAACUGUUCAUUUUAACAAAUCAUCAUAGGCAGUUUUCCUGUUUAAAACUCCACCAAAAUAGCAAAAAGUGUACAUUAUAUUUAGAAAAGUGUUCCAUUUACUCCCUAAGUCCCAUAUCUGACAAUACUUAACCACAAAAUUCCAACUGACAUUUGCCAAAUCCAAAUUAAUCUCGAAAACCUCCAAGACCAGCAGCCCUGUUUCAGAGCACAAGCAGAUGACUAUCAAGGUUCUGGAGGCAGAUUUUGGUGGAGGAGGAGGGAGAACAGCAAGAAAAUCUGCCUGGGUUGCUCACCACCUCUGCAGAAGAUGGACUAUCAACCAGAUGUUCUCUCCUCACCUUUUGUCACGAGGCAAUUCAGAAGUUACAUGUGAUACUAUGCAUUAUCUCAAAUACUUUAACAGUUCACAAUUUAAAAUAUCCCAGAUAUUAAUAUAAAAAGUAGGUUAUCAAAAAUUAAUUAUCAGAUUUUUAAAUUAAGAUUAUAGAUUUUAUUCAAUGGCAAUUUCUGACAUCUGAACAUAGAUCAGUAGUAAUCAGCUGUUACCACUUUUCACUAUUCAAAAAACUGGCCUCCCUUUAAGAAUACUGGCUAAUGCUUUUCCUGUAUGUUAAUGAAUACAGCAUUUUUAAAGAGUGUAAAUUUUCAAUAUAUUUAUUUAAUUCAUUUGAGAGUCAGGGAGAGAGGUAGGGAGACAGAACUGCCAUCCACUGGUUCACUCCCCAAUGCCUGGGUCCUAGGAACUUAAUCCAGGUUUCCCAGGUGGGUGGCAGGGAUGCCACCUCUUGAGCCAUUACCUACUGUGACUUGAACUCAAUAUGGGAUGUAGGCAUCCCAACCAGAGGCUUAACUGCUACAACAAACACCUGCCCAAGGAAGUAUUCAAAGCUUCCUUUUUACAGGGCUGAUGGUACAGGCAGAAUCACAUUUAAGAAAAAUACUUUGGAACACUUUUUUCAUUAAAAAACUUCAAAAUUAAUUUCCAGUGUGAUCAAAGUUAGAAUGUAAAGGAAUUAAGGGCCAGCGCCAUGGCUCACUUGGUUAAUCCUCCGCCUGCGACACCAGCAUCACAUACAGGUGCUGGCUCUAGUCCCAGCUGCUCCUCUUCCAGUCCAGCUCUCUGCUGUGGCCUGGGAAGGUAGUGGAGGAUGGCCCAAGUGCUUAGGCCCCUGCACCCGCGUGGGAGACCAGGAGGAAGCACCUGGUUCCUGGCUUCAGAUUGGCGCAGUUUGGGCCAUACCUCUAUUUGGGGGGUGAACCAACAGAAGGAAGACCUUUCUCUCUGUCUGUAAAUCUACCUGUCAAAUAAAUUUUAAAAAAAUGUAAAGGAAUUAAAAAAAAACACAAAAGGUAAAAUCAAAGAAUAAUAUAAGAAGACAUCUUUUAAAUUAAGAAAAGAAUGCAUUGUAUUUUAGUACAUCAUGAUUCAAACUUUUUGGUAUUUGUGCUUACUGACACUAAGGAAAUAACAUUGAAAUGAGAAAAUGAGCAUUAUGAAUUAGUAAAUUACAGUCCUUAUUUAAUUUUUUCUCAGUGAAAAUGCACAGGUUUGGACUCAUUUACUGUUGUCCUAAACACCUUUAUUAUCCUAGGUUUUGCCAUUCUCAUGUUUCCUGGACAUGAGUUUACCCUGAAUCAUUAAAAUUUUUGCAUUUUCAAAGAGUAAAUACCCCUUUUUUAGGAUUUUUGAAGGUACUAACAUGUGUAUAAGAUACUAAAUGGUUGGAAUCACAUUUUAGAAUUCCCAAGUAAAAAAGUCAAAUGCGGGCUGGUGCUGUGCCAGCAGCAUUUCAUGUAGGCAUGCCAGUUUGCAUUCCUGGCUGCUCCACCUCCAAUCCAGCUCCCUGCUAAUAUACUUGGGGAAAGCAGUGGAGGGCAACUCAAGUCCUUGGGUCCCUACACCCAAAUGAGGGACCUGGGAAAAAUUCCUAGCUCCUGGCUUAGGCCUGGCCUGGCUUGAUCUGGCUUGGCCCUGGCCCGGCCCCAGCUGUUGAGGCCAUUUUGGGGAGUAACCAGCAGAUGGAACGUUUCUCUCUCUCUCUUUUGCUCUCUCUCUCUCUCCUUCCAUCAUUUUCUCUCUCCCCAACCCUGCCUUUCAAAUAAAGUCAUAAAAUCAUAAAUUUUAACAUACUGAUUAUUUUCAAAAUGCCAACAUGAAUACCAGUGAGUAUUCAAUUUAUUUUUUUUAUUUGUCUAAAAGGCAGAGUGACAUUGAAAGAGAACAUGCUCAGCCGGCGCCGCGGCUCACUAGGCUAAUCCUCCACCUUGCGGUGCCGGCACACCGGGUUCUAGUCCCAAGCCGGGGCACCAGAUUCUGUCCUGGUUGCCCCUGUUCCAGGCCAGCUCUCUGCUGUGGCCAGGGAAGGCAGUGGAGGAUGGCCCAAGUGCUUGGACCCUGCACCCCAUGGGAGACCAGGAGAAGCACCUGGCUCCUGCCAUCGGAUCAGCGCGGUGCGCCAGCCGCAGCGCGCCAGCCGCAGCGGCCACUGGAGGGUGAACCAACGGCAAAAGGAAGACCUUUCUCUCUCUCUCUCACUGUCCACUCUGCCUGUCAAAAAAAAAAGAAAGAGAACAUGCUCGUCCAUUCACUGGUUCACUCACCAAAUGGCCUCAACAGCUGGGGCUGGGCCAAACUGAAGUCAGGAUCCAGAAACUCUAUCCAGGUUGCAGAACUACACUCAUUUAAUAUUUAAUUUAAUGUUCUUGUACUUAGAGAGUUUUCCAAUCCAUAUAAUGCUCAUGUUGCUUAUAUAAUUUUUCAAAACCUUAUAGAAAUGAUAUAUCAGACAUCCUUAACCCAAGAGAAUGAUAUAAGCUUAAAAUCUUAAUGUCUUUAGUAUACGUAAGGACAAAUAAUGACUGUUUGGUGUAAUGAUGCAAAAGUAUAAAUAUAUAAAUCCAGCUACAUGGAGAGAAGCUAGAACCAUGAAACAUUAAGCAAGAAUUCUCCUGAUUUUGGCUCCAAGACUACAACCAGUAUAUAUACAUUUGUCAACUUCAUUAUCCUCUUAUCCCAGGCAUGUAUUUAGAAAAUGCAAUCAUAAAUAUACCAAUAGAGAGGACUUUUGCUUCUAUUCUGGAACGUAGUGUUCAGCCUGGUUAAUUUACCACUGUGUUGAUGUUGCAACAUUAACAUCUAUAACAUUGACUUUCCAUUUGCCCUUCAAUUAUUAAAGCAAGCGAUUUUGAUGUAGCGCACCUACAGAACUCUAAUAAGUUACAGAGUUGAAAUCUACAAGAAUUCCCCAACAUUCCCAUGGGCAACCAGAAAAAAAGAAAAAAAAUUUCAAGGGGGAAGGCAUUUAACAUAGUGGUUAAGAAGCCCACAUUCCAUAUCAGAGUAACUGGGUUUGAUACCUGGCUCCAGUUCUUGACUCCAGCUUCCCACUAAUGAGGACCCUGGAAGGCAGCAGUGAUGAGUCAAAUGAUUGAGUUCCUUCCACCCAGGAGAGACACCUGGAUUGAGGUCCCUAUGUGUCAGAGACCCUAACUGAAUUCCUGGCUUCCAGCUUCAGCCAGUCUAAUCCAAGCUAUUAUGGGCAUUUGGGGAAUGAAGCAGCCAGUGGAAGAGCUCAUGCUUGUGAACACACACUCCCUCUCUACCAACCCCUCCUUUCCCCACAGUUAAAAGUGAAGAAAUGCUAGUGAGUUCAGAAUUAUUCUGACAACCUUGGAAAAUAGUUAUCAGUUAAUUCCAAAGGAUUCCAAAGUAAAUUCUGUCCAAAUGCUUAUUCCUAUAAGUAAAAUAUAUGAGAUAUUUAAAGAAAAGGAAGAAAGCAUCUUUGUAUUUACAACAGAUUGAUCUACCUUAUGAACAGAUUGCAUUGGUAAGUCACUAUUUUUGCUCUAAGUAAGUAUGAUUGUAUUUGAGACAAAGAGAAUACUCUCAUCACCUGGUUUACUCCCCAGGUUCUUGAAAUGAGCAGGGCAAUGAGUCAGGAACUGGGAACACAAUCCAAAUCCCCAUGUGGAUGGCAGGAACCCAAUUAUUUCAGCCAUCAUAACUGCCUCACAGAAUCCACAUUGGCAGGAAGCCUGAAUAAGGAGCCAGAGCUAGGAAUUGAACCCAGGUACUCCAGUAUGGUAUACAGGUGUCACUUCAUUUGCCUUUAGUCUUUCCUUUAUUAAUUGUUCUUCCAGAGGAUCCAACACGUGCCAGGGAGUGACUGUGUAAGACUAUGUCUAGGAGUGAGCACUCAGGUACUAUUUGUUGCUGCCUUCUUGGGGUUUAUAGCUUUGUGUGGGGCUUCACAGAUAUUAUAUGGCUCAGUACUGGCAGAAUGAAGUAAAAUUCAAUAUCCUUUGUGAUUUCCUCUGAUCACAUGUCAGAAUUUGAAUAAUUUUUAUCUAAACAUAAUAGAGGAUGGUAAGCAAUUGGAGAUAUCUGGCCUACACCCAAGCAAACUUCAACAGUUACUCCUAUUUUCUUAAGAAUGGAGUAAGAAGGUAAGACCUCAAAGCCUAUGGGGAACAAGAAAGGUGGGCAGGACAAACCCAGUGGAAGGACAGUGCAACCUAUGUGUGACAGAAGCCUGAUAAUCCAAAUUUCUGAUAUCCUACUUUUAUAUUUGUCUAGGUGCCCAAAAGAGUAUUUCCCCUCUUAGUUCCUUGACUAUGCCUUCUACCUUUGCCUAUGCAUGAACACAUUUUAAAUUAUGGAUUGUCUGACUAAAAUAUAAAUAUCUCGAGACAAUGCAUGAUAUCUCAUUUAAUUUCUGAAUUGCCUCACAACAAAAGGUGAUGCAAGAACGUAUGACUGACAUGGUCACCAGAAGCUUCCACACAAGGAGGCAGCUGUCAGGGUUCAGCAGGAGUCUGCUCAAAGCCAGGCUGUCUAUUCCUCCAUUAAAGGAAACCAAGGAGGAAAGAGAAUGUCCAUGACCUAUUUUUAUUUUUGUUCCCAUGAGACUAUAGAGUGUAACAACUCCAUGCCCCAAACCUAAAGUAUUUAUCAUCAGUAUUCUUGAGUCUAUGAAUUAGCAAAUCUACUAUAUGAGAAAUUAGCAUAUUUUAGAGGCAAAAUUAUUUCUUGCCUUCAAAUAUGAACACUAAAUACUAGAUAUUUGUACUUGUAGUUACUUUAUACAUUUAUACAUUUGCCUGCCUGCUCACCUUCCUUAAAAAUCUCUUCCUGUUUGUGCCAAUGGCUUCUUUAUCCAAGUAAUAUUAGCUGUUGCCAAAUUACAUUAGAAUCCUGCUAAUUAGAAUAAUUCUUUCCUAUGCAUAAUAGUAUAUGGUAAGAGAUUAAGAAUAUAUCAUUGUGACCAGGAUUAAGACUUUUGUUGUUUUGUUUUUAAUCAUGAGAAUUUAUCAAAGGGAAUUCAAGUUAAGUCAAGCAAAUUUCUGAUUUGGUAAGGUUAAAAUGACAGGUGGAACCUAGUUAUUAAAGAAGGAAAGAAGAAAGAUGUCGGGAGAGAAAGAAAAGGGAAAGAAAAACCAAAACUACCCUUUUUUGUGGAUUAUCCUGCUGAAUUUUAAAAGUUACUCUACAAGCUUUUUUUUUAUACAUAUUUCAACCUCAGGAAAAAUUUUUCCAACACCAUUUUCUUGCUACUUUAAAAAUCACAGGGAGUUGUUAUUAAAAAGGUACCAGAAUCCAUAACUUAUUAGAAAUGGUUCUUUUAGGAAUCUUCACUUUGUAUUAAAUAAUCAAGGCAUGGAUCAAAAUGACUGCUCAAAUCAAUUGGGCUUUCUGGUAAGUUAGUCCUUAAAAUCUAUGUAUGAUAAAUAUAAAAAAAAAAACCUGGCAUUCAUUAUCUUGGUUUUCUUCAGAGGUUUUUAUACCCACCAUUCUAUAAUUGUCUCUAAGAGACAUUUAAGACAAAAUCACAAUGUUAGGUGUACAGCAUUACCUGUAGAUGAGCUGAGUAUGUGGCAAUGUGUGGUCACUUAAGAUGCAUGGUGUGCCAUUUGGGUCCUCUUGAUGUGUGCUGAGGUAGAGUUAGCCUUGUAGAGACUGAUGUGUUCAUGCAACCAGUGAUUCUGUGUUAUUGUAUACAAAAUGAACAACUAAAAAUUCACCCUUGAUGACACAAUUUAAGCAAAAAUAAACACUUUAAAGUUACACUUUA